UCUCAUCAAGAUAUGGGGGAUAACGAAGACAAUAAUAGGUGACGUGUACGAAAAUCACAGAGACAGCUGCGGUUACAAUUCGAUACAGAUCCCCAAAUUCCCGCACUCCACUUUCGACUACAGGUAAGAAAUCUUAAAAUCCCAAACCCAAACCCAAACCCUAGAAUCUUUCCACUUUCCACUCUCCUAAUUUAUUUUUCACUACUUUUCUUUUUCUAGUGGUGCUCAAUCAUGGACGUCGAUCCUCGCCACUACGAUCACGUUGUAAUCAGUGAAAAUGACAUUCACAACAUUGUUAUAUCAUACCUUGUUCAUAACUGCCACAAAGAAACUGCAGAGUCAUUUAUUGCUUGCACUGGGAUGAAGCAGUCUGCUAAUUACAUUGAGGACAUGGAGAAAAGGAAAAGAAUUAUAAAUUUUGUAAUGGAGGGUGAUGUGCUGAAGGCCAUUGAACUGACAGAACAGUUUGCCCAUGACUUACUGGAGAAGAAUAUUGAUUUGCAUUUUGAUCUUUUGAGUCUUCAUUUUGUUAAUCUUGUAAUCUCUAGAAAAUGCACAGAAGCUUUGGAAUUUGCCCAGACCAAGUUGACCCCUUUUGGAAAGAUGGAUAAAUAUGUUCACAAGCUUGAAGACUUUCUUGCUCUGCUUGCUUAUGAUGAACCGGAAAAAUCUCCAAUGUUUCAUUUUCUCAGCCCAGAUUAUCGACAGGAAGUCGCAGAUACUUUAAACCAGGCAAUUCUUGCACAUGCAAAUCUUCCUAGCUAUACUGCAAUGGAAAGGCUCAUAAAGCAGACAACUGCUGUCAGGCAGUGCUUAAGCCAAGAGACUGAAAAGGACGGGUUUCCCCCAUUUUCUUUGAAAGAUUUUCUAAGAAGCUAAUGGAGGAAAUGUAUGCGAGGAUUACUGGCAUUAGGCAGUUGCCUUUGGUAUGUAACGUAGUAUUUAUCAAUCAUGGUCACUAGCAAAAGUUGCUGAGGUUACUGUGAAUGGGAUUGGCUCAAACUCUGCUAUUUGGUUUUGUCUUUAUGGGUUUUGAUCCAAUUCCAGUCCAAGGGUUGUGUAAUGUUGCUUACUCAAACUCUGCUAAUUAAUCGUGGUUCUAUGAAACUCUCUUCCAUAUGUGGUUCAACAGCUCUACUUUUCCUUUGUUCUCCCCAUUCUGUUGAAAAUUUAGCCUGCCAAUAGGGAGAGAAAAAAAAAAAAUUCCCACCAAUUUGUGCUAUUUGGAUUUCGUAAAGAGAGGCACAAGGACUUCGGAUGGUUAGUGUGUUGAAAGGUCCCAUAUGGUUUUUUGUCAACAUUGGUGUAUUUAUAUGGGUGGAUUUUAUGUGUUUAUUUAAAAUUGGAAGAAUUAAGUAUUUGGUAAA